AUGGAGUUUUCCGUAAAUGAAAACGGAGAAUAUGGUUUACCAAUCAAUAUGUUCAAGGAUGUUCGUCCACAAACUCUCGCAUUUGGUUGGAUACCACAGUUGGCUAUGAUUUUUAAAUAUGUAAACACGGAUAAUUUCGGUGGAAAAACUUUAAUGGCUUAG